CAUCUCUCUCACUAAAUUGCUCUCCCUCUCUCUCUCUCUCUCUCUCUAUCUAUCAAUCUGUUUGUAUGUAUCUCUGAUUGCUUAGUUUACUUCUCCAAUACACUGAAGCUAUGUCGAUUGCAUUAGAGAGGAACAAUUCUGGUGGUCAUCAGAUUGAGCGGUUGCGCGGGAUGGCGUGUAUGGCGGCGAUCUACAAUUCGGCUGAGUUCUCCAUCGGAGACCGGAGAAGUGCGGCCGAGGUGGAGGAGGACGAAGAUCGGAGCUCGUCGUCUUCGUCGAUUGGGAGGAAUAGCGAUGAUUCCCCGGCGGGACAGUCUUCAUCGGACAGCGAAGGCGAGGAAGUGCAGAGCUCGUCCAAGGAUGGCGCUCUGGGUAAUUUGGAGGAUCUUGAGGAGGUUUUACCGAUAAAGAGAGGCAUAUCAAAUUUCUAUGCUGGCAAAUCCAAAUCAUUUACGAGUCUAUCAGAUGCAACUUCUUGUUCCUCCUUGAAAGACAUUGUCAAGCCAGAGAACCCGUACACAAGGAAACGCAAGAACGAACUUGCUCGCAACAAUUUCUUUGACAGGAAUCGUAAUUUUAUCAAUAGAAGCAGCAGUGGCAGUAUGUACAAGAGACCUACCAACGCUAGAAGCUCGUUGGCUCUUGCUGCAACCAUGUGCUACUCUGAGAACCACCAUAGCACCGAGUCUUUCAACUCUACUCCAUCAUCACCACCUUGUUUCGCCCUUCCGCCUCUUCCUCCUCACCCACGAAGAUCUAGUAACGAUUCGUCCUUGCCACAUCCCGAACAGAAGUUCUCUUCGUGGCGGUCUUUCUCCCUGUCUGAUCUUCAAGGCGCUGCUACCACUGCAACUCCCGGCAUUGCUGGUAUAAAGAACUAGAGGAUAUAUUUACUGCGGUUUGAUUUUCUUAGUCGCCCUGUGAAAUUAAGUGCACUAGAUGUUCGUGGAGGUGGGAAUAUUUUGUAUGCAGUUGCUUUCUAUGGUUUAUGCUCGAGGCAAACCGUGUGGGCACGCAAUGUAAUUUCCAUCUACAUACUGUUUUAACCUAUAUAUGUGUUUUCCCUUCUGACCAUUGUAUAUCUGAAUGCAUUAUAGAUUUCUGCCUCUCCUGAAUUUCAA